AGCAACAAAAUAUAUUUUGUGAUCAGUGUGAUUUAUAAUAAGUUUAUAACAGCAAAAGUGUUGAUGCCGAAGUGAAGUGCUUGCUGAAUAAUCAUGUCGCUGAACAGGAUAAUUUUAUCCUGCCGCGGCGCAGCGCUGCUAAUCGUGUUCAUAAUAUAUUUGGAGAAUCCCGUUGAUGGAUUUGUUAACUCACCGAAAAUUAUAACCAAAGACGGCAAUCUAAUUGUGGAAUCUGGCCUGAAUCGCAACAUUACUUUUCGUCUGGAUGGCAGCUCACGCAUUAAUAUCAACGACGAAUAUGACUUAUUGGAUCUUCUUUUGGUUGGUGGCACUUACAAUGGCUCCUCUUCAAAGCGUAAAGAUGUCAUCGAAGCGGAUAACUUGAUACAACUCUCCAAUGAGUAUAACACAUUGCGCAGCUAUGUCUUCGGUACAAAUGGUUUGAAUAGACGUUUGAAUACGAUGUUGAAUAGGACUCGCAUGUAUAAUCGAUCAAUACAACGCUUCCAAACUCGUUUGCAGAGCGUAGAACGAAGAGUACAGAGCCUGCAACAGCGGCUCGAAUUGGACAGCUGUAAGAGUAAUCCUUGCGAUAAUGGCGGAACUUGUAUAAAUAUGUUUGGGAGUUUCAUUUGUCAAUGUACGAAAAACUUUGAGGGCGCUACUUGUCAGAAAGAUGUCAAUGAGUGUGCUCUCUACGCCGGCACCGAUUUGGGCUGUCAAAAUGGCGGUCAAUGUGUAAAUCAGCAUGGCGGUUACAAUUGCAUUUGCACCGCUGGUUGGUACGGCAUACACUGUACCCAACGCAAAGGUGAUUGCAUGCAAUCCUCCUCAUGGGAGCUCUGCGGUCACGGCACCUGUGUAAGCAGUAACGAUGAUUUUGGCUACAAGUGUAUUUGCGAUGUGGGUUGGAAAACCAAUGGUCUGACGCCGUCAUGUACCGUCGAUGUGGAUGAAUGUAACGAAUCGCAUCCGCCAUGCGAAACCAAAUGUAUUAAUUUACCCGGUUCCUUUACGUGCAGUCCGUGUGCUGCCGGUUUAACCGGUAACGGUGUUAAUUGUCGUGAUAUUGACGAAUGUGCUACACAAAAUGGCGGUUGUAGUAUGAGUCCACGCGUUGCGUGCAUAAAUACCUACGGUUCCUAUCAUUGUGGUGACUGUCCACUCGGUUGGAUUGGUGAUGGUCGCACUUGUGAGCGACGCGGCGGCAACAUCGAUGGCAAUGGCGCUACGGCGACCAGCUGCGCGCUCAACAACUACUGCCAUCCGCUGGCUAAAUGCACCGAAGUCUCGAACACUGUAGUUUGCUCUUGCCCAGCAGGCAUGGUGGGCAGUGGCGUGGGUCUAAAUGGUUGUGUGCCCAAUACACAUCAACGUUGCGAUGUACUGCCGUGCAUGAACGGCGGCACCUGCGUAGAAUCUAACGACAAAUUCAUCUGCAUCUGUCCAAUGGGUUACACCGGUCCAACAUGUGCGGAUAUCACCAAUUCGUGCUCACCGAAUCCCUGCCGCAACAAUGGACGCUGUCGCUCCACGGGCGGCACACAGUUCGAAUGUCGUUGCGCGCCUGGCUUCAGUGGUCGUUUAUGUGAUGCACGCUUUAGUCGUUGCGGCGGCAUACUGACCGGUAUGACGGGACAUUUGAAAUAUCCCCAAGGUUCCGCUUAUGAUCACAUGGCUCAGUGCGCUUGGGUUAUACGCACGAACGAGUCGUUGGUUUUGAAUGUCACAUUUAGCGCUUUCGAAUUGGAAGACGCCACUGAGUGCCGUUUUGAUUGGCUGCAGAUCAAUGAUGGUCGUACAGCUGCUGCGCAAAUUAUUGGACGUUUUUGUGGCACACGCAAGCCGAGGGGCGGCAAUAUUAUCUCCAGCAGCAGUGACUUGUAUUUGUGGUUCCGAUCUGAUAACUCUACAGCUAAGGCCGGUUUCGAAUUGGAUUGGAACUCCGUACCGCCGCAAUGUGGCGGUAUUAUUGAGCUCGAAUCGCAUGGCACGGUGUCUUCACCCGGUUCACCGGGUAACUAUCCGAAAAAUCGUGAUUGUCAGUGGCAUUUGAAGGCGCCGAAUAAUAAGCGCAUCAAGUUGACAUUCUUCAGUUUGCAAAUCGAAAAACAUGAUAGUUGUAAUUUCGACUACCUGGAGAUCAUCGACGCCAUUGCCGAAUCGACCCUAGUGAAAUAUUGCAAUUCAACUGCACCUUCACCGCUAUUGCUGCCUACCAAUGAGGCCAUCAUUCGUUUCCAUUCCGACAAUAUCGAUACAGAUGCGGGCUUUCAAAUAUAUUAUUCGACUGAGGAGCGUGUGCCAGGCUGUGGUGGCACCUACACAGCUAAGCAAGGCACAAUCACAUCACCGAAUUCAUUGGAAGAUUCAAUAUCUUGUGAAUAUGAUAUAAAAAUGCCAAUGAGUGAAUCGAUUAAGAUCGAGUUUAAAAAAGUCGAAUUGGGCGACGAUGAUUGCUUGGAGUUCUUCGAUAGAAACCCGAGUACACAAGAACUUACACUACAGGCCAAGUACUGCGGUGCCUAUAAUUCUAAUCCGCCAGUCCUUCUACAUUCCUUAUACAAUGGCCUACGUAUAAAAUACUUUGCCAAACGUGGUAAAUUCGAACUGAAAUAUGAAGCUGAUUGUUCUUACACUUAUGAGAGUCCAAAUGGUAUUGUGAUGUCGCCGGGUUAUCCGGUAUUGAGUAAUAUUGAACGUUUCUGCAAUUAUAAAAUUACCACCGAACCAAACACCGUUAUAUCGGUUAAACUUUUGGAUUUCGAUAUCAAUGAUAGCAGCGUGGAUGCAAGCGGUUGUGCCUUUACCUCGCUUAGAAUCAACGAUGGUCUCAAUCAAAAUAUUAUGGGUCCUUACUGCGGCAACAGCACACCACCCAUUGAGUUUGUCUCCAAAGCCAAUAUGCUUAUUUUGACAUUCAAAACUGGCAUUACUACAUGGGGUAAAGGUUUCAAACUGGAAUAUCUUUCCAUACCGAUGGGUAAAACAGAUUGUGGUGGCGUGUUUACCAAGCCUGGUCAGAAGAUACGUCUGCCCACUGGUGAGAAUGAGAUGUAUUUGGACAAUAUGGAGUGUUACUGGGUAAUAAUGGCGCCGGAAGGCAAAGGUAUUAUGAUCAACUGGAAUUCAUUUCGCUUGGAAAAAAAUAUGGAUUGUAUGUACGAUUAUGUGGAAAUCUUUGAUACUUUGCCGAAAGCUGAUGAUGCGCAUCCUUUGGGCAGAUACUGCGAGUCUCCGCCUUCAUUCUCAAGCUAUUCGCGUCUUUUAACACUCAAAUUCGUCUCAGAUAGUUCCGAAAGCGAUGCGGGCUUCGAGGCUACUUAUGAGUUCCUUGACCUUAGCAAACAUUGUGGUGGAGAAAUAUUCUCUUCGACCGGACGCCUCUAUUCGCCGGACUAUCCAUCCAACUACACAAAUGGUGUGGACUGCAUAUGGGUAAUCAAUACGCCAGAGAAUACGCAAAUGAAACUAGAUUUCGAUAUGUUUGAGCUGCAAGCGAGCGAUAAUUGUGAAAAUGACUGGCUGGAGGUGCGUAACGGUGGCUCCGAGAAAUCACCGCUAAUCAACAAAUACUGCGGCACCCUCAUACCACGUCAAAUACCAUCAUUCACCCAUCAGAUGCGCAUACACUUUCAUAGCGAUAAUUUCAUCAAUGCACGUGGUUUCCAAAUACACUGGGCUGUAUACUCGAACGGCUGCGGUGGCAAUAUAAAUGCUGACAGCGGUGUAAUCGCCUCACCACGCUACCCCAAUCCAUAUCCACACAAUGCUGAGUGUGAUUGGCAUAUACAAGUGCCGAAAGGCUCGUCCAUACAUUUCACUAUUGAAGAUCUGUCGAUUGAGGAAUUGUUCAACUGUCACUAUGAUUUCUUGGAAAUAUUCAAUGGACGCAACGAUAUGCAUCCACUUUUGGCGAAAUUAUGCCAGCUUGAGCGCGAUGAACCCAAACAGUUGUAUACCACAAGCAAUGAAGCGUUAUUGCGUUUCCGCACCGACGGCUCACAACGAGAACGUGGCUUCCUUUUAUCGUACUAUACGAAUUGUUCGCGUACUAUUACCGAUAUUACUGGUGUUAUCGAAAGUCCAAACUACGGUAAUCCCUAUUUUAAAGAUCCCAUCAAUUGUUCGUGGACCAUUCAAGCGCCCAAGGGCAAUAAAAUUGUACUACAAUUUUCACAUUAUGAAAAAAGUGAGGGAGGUCAUGAUCUUACCUUCAAAGAGCCUGGCAAGAAUGAAACUCUAUUUCAUCUACUAUCGCUAAAUGAGAACUACACAACAACGGGCAAUGUACUUAACAUUAUACAGAACACUACUUGGAUGAAUUUCCGUUUGGAAUAUGCCAUGUUCGGUUGUGUACAAGUGUUCCAUCGUGCAACCGGUGAAUUUGAAUCGCCGAAUCAUCCACUACCGUAUCCAAAUGACAUAGAGUGUAUGUGGGAAAUCAAAACGACGCCCGGUCAAGGUGUUGAAUUAACGAUAACGGAUUUGGAUAUUGAGGAAACGGUUAAUUGCACCCAUGAUGCGUUGGUGAUAUCCAGUCAUAUGAACAGCACUAAUAAUAAAGAAAGACAUUGUGGCAGACAGGAUAGUUUAGUUAUCACAAGCUCGAGUCAUCAACUAUACGUGCGUUUUAUUAGCAACAAGGAACACAAUGGAAAAGGCUUCAAGGCUAGCUAUAAGAUAUUGAAAUCACAAUGUGGUGGGGUGCUGGCCAGUAAAAACGGUGUAAUUACAUCACCAAAUUAUCCGCUAAAUUAUCCGCCCGACGCAAGGUGCGAGUGGACCAUCGAAGUAAACCCUCAUCAUACCAUCACAUUGACUUUGGAAGAAAUUGAAAUGGAAAACUAUUACUCUUGCGAAAUGGACUUUGUAGAAGCGUACGAAAGUGCCAACAGCGAUAGUGAUCGUCCAGCGCAAGAAGCGCAAGAAAAGCUAUUAUUCAAGGAGUGUGGUUAUUCGGAUUCAACACAGAACGAAUGGGUGACCACCACCAAUACAGCAGUGGUGCGAUUUGAAAGUGAUGAUAGCAUGCAAGAGAAGGGUUUCAAAUUGUCCUACAAGGAGAACUGUGGACAAAAUAUUUUGCUCGUUGACGAUGAUGUUGGCUAUUUGGCAAUUAGUCGCAAUGCGGUAACGAAUGAAACUUGCGAAUGGCAUUUGGUGGCAAAGGAUCUCAGCAAACACGUACAAUUCACACCCAUUCACGUUCAGUUGAGCCCCUUAAUAUCCUUGUCGGCAAUGCUUGAAGAAGACUGUAUUGAGCAAGGUGUCAAGAUAUAUGAUGGCGUGGAUCGCACAGCACCGCUGCGCAGCAAAUUUUGCAAAACUCAUCCUGCAAAUGUCAUUUCCAACGGACAUGCGCUCACCAUCACGGUGCCAAUGAAUGUAACAACGGAAUUCGAAGGUUACUACCAAUUGACGGACAAUUGGUGCGGUGGCUAUUACAUGUCGUUAAGCGGCAAAUUCGCCUCACCCUAUUAUCCGUCCUCAUAUCCGGUGAAUAUCGAUUGCGAAUGGUAUAUUGUGGCGAGUGAAGGCAAUUCGAUUGUGCUCACAAUUGAAGCUUUCGAUACGGAACUGUCAGACGGUUGCAAUAAAGAUUACUUGGAAGUGCGCGAGUCCACGGAAAGUGGCCGUUUGAUGGGAUUGUUCUGCGGCAGUAACAUACCAUCACCCAUAACCGGCCUUCAAACAGUGUGGAUUAAGUUUGGCAGCGAUAAUGACGUUGUAGGCAACGGCUUUAUCGCAUCCUACAAUUAUGCAACACACAAUGAGUUAAAUGGCAAAAAUGGCACUAUACAAUCGCCGCAUUAUCCCACCAAGUUCCGUACUGAUGAACCAUACACCUGGCGUAUAACUGUCGACAAAGAAUAUGUGCUCCUACUGUUGCUGAGUCAUAUAAUAGAUGUCGAUAUGCCAUUUAUUAAGAUCUACGAUGGCUAUUCAGAUAUAGGACUUCAAAUAGAUUAUUCUAAUACACAUUAUGUGCACUCCAGUACAAAUAUAGUUUACAUAAAGUCAUAUCGUGGACCCUUCCAAAUUGAUUGGUCAACCAUUUCAAAGGAAGACUUCAAAAAUAAUCAAACCUUAGAAGAAAACGCAGCGCUUUGUGGCAAAAAUUCAUAUUCUAUAGACAAAUCGAUAUUUAUCAAUUCACCUGGUUAUCCCGAUGGUUACGCGCCCUCGCUCAACUGUAGCUGGGUACUCAUGCCGAAAAAUCCCGCUACACACGUCGUGCUACAAAUAGCUAAGGUAGAUUUGGAAGAUAUAUCGGAAUGCUCGGCUGAUUACAUAACGAUCUCGGCCAGUAGUGACAUGCAAAAUUGGGAGGAGCCUGCACGAUUUUGCAACAAGAAGGAACAAGAAUUUAAAGACUACCAUGGUAACCCAUAUCUUAGACUAUCCUUUGUCACCGAUUCAAGUGUAAAUAAGACUGGUUUCUCAACUAGUGCACACGUUGAAUGCGGUGCCGUAAUGAAUGUCAGACAGGCUUUAGUCAAUCUCACUGAAAUAUUAUCAGGCAGCAAUCGUUUUCAAACCGAAUGUGUGUGGAAGAUAAACGUACGCCAAAGUCGACGUAUACGCAUACGAUUUUUGGAAUCUAACUUGGCGCCAGAUAAUCAAGUGGCUAAUUGUCGCACUUACUUUUUGCUACGCAAUGGCUUGGCCGAAGAUUCACCGUUCCUCGGCAAGGGUAAAUAUUGUGAGAAUAACAUCGCAGAUGUGCUGGAGACCACCUCGAACCGUGCAUUCAUAAAAUUAUCACGCAUCAACCUCGGACCAAAUUUCAAGGCCGCUUUUCAUUACGAAGAAAUAACGCAUGAAUGUUCCGAUAUGUUGGUUUUAAGUGAAGACACACCUGCCGAUCGUACGAAAACAAUAAAUUCUCCAAGUUAUCCCAACAUACCGAACCCACAUACGGAGUGUAUUUGGCGUGUGACGGCGCCCAUGCAUCACAUUAUAGCAAUUGAAUUCAAAGACGACUUCGAUUUGGUGCCAUCCGACAGUCAGUCGGGCACAUGUGAUCGCGAAUAUGUGCAGUUAAACGAUGGCGCCACCGAACUGAUGCCGAUGAUCGGUCUGUUUUGUGGUAAAACAAAGCCAAAUACGAAGUUUACGACGGGCAAUGUGUUGCGUGUAAAAUAUUAUACCGAUAUCUCAGAGCCGCAUGUCGGCUUCCAGGCCGUUGUGUCGAUCGGUCGUUGCGGUGGUUCUUAUUAUGAACCCGACGGUGAAAUCGUCUCACCCGAUAGUACGCUAGUGAAAGAUGCACAUGACUUUGAAUGUGUAUAUACAAUCGAGGUGGAGCGUGGCAGUACAAUCAAAUUGGUAGUGGAGAAAAUGGAAUUGCCGGACACGGAAGGUUGCAGCACAGAUAGCAAUUUGGAAUUACAAGAGAUCGUUUCAUAUGAUGGUGCAGAUAAUGUUACUGAUUCACUGCGCAUCUGCGGCAGUCGGAAGAACAGAAAUUACGUCGUCGAGAGUAGUAAACUGGUUAUACGCUAUCACAUUAAAGAGUUUAGACCUACACACACAUUCAAACUCACAUAUACAUCAAUCGGUACACGUUGUGGCGAGACAAUUACCGCACCACGUGGCACACUCUUUACGCCCGGCUAUCCACAGGGCGUUACACGCCCCACACAUUGCGCUUGGAAGAUACGCGUACCGAAAGGCAAACGUGUUAAAGUGGAAAUACUUGAUUUUGACAUCGGCGCCGGCUUGAAUGUAACCAACUCGUUCGGACAUAGCAGCUCUUUCCGUGGACGCCUCAGUUUUGCCAAUGACUUUGAAAUGCAAUCGAUAAUUACACGUGUCACCACAAAUCCACCGGCCGCCGUCUACUCCACCGAUAACAUAAUGGCCAUUGAUGCCUUUCUACUCUCGUUCACACAACAUCGCGGCUUCAGACUACGCUUCUCCUCCGAUGAAGACUCACAGGUGUGUCAACAUAAUGUCCGAUUAGCGAAUGGCGAGGGUGUAAUGCAUUUCCGACGUAACAACGAUUCCGACAUCUACUGCAGUUACAUGCUGAAAAUGCAAGACAAUCAAACAUUAACGCUGGCAGUCGAGAAAUAUGAACGAAAUGCGACCUCAGCGCUGUAUGUCUCAUUCUGUGGCUAUAUGUCGCCAUUGAAAUUGGAAUUGAACACGCAACAGAUACUGCCCGAGUUGCUGUGUAAAAAUGAGACGCAUGCCGUUGCACGACUACCCUACCCCGUUACGAUGAAAUUAAUGGGCAAUAGACGCAAUCGUCUAACCAACUUGGAACUUAAGUACAAAGUGUAUGAGUGCGGCGGCAUACGCUCCAUUUACAACGACCUCAACAUAACCGAGCCACAAAUGGCUAACUAUAGUGGUGUGUUGGAGUGCGCUUGGGCCGUGUGGCCGGAUCAUGAGUUUAGCGUAGAUGAUAUGGACGAUCUGGAUUACUGGGCAGCGGGUACGCAGAUCGAGGUCUCAUUGUCAACGGAUUUCAAGGAUAAUUGCGAGGAUCAAUAUCUAUUAGUAUAUGGUGGACCAAAUCAGAAUUUCCCACAUCUCGGACGUUUUUGCACGCAAUCAUCCAUGGAAAAUAUGGUGGUGGAGCGUGGUGUAUUUGUGGAAUACUACACACGCAACUACGAAACACAAUCCAAGUUCAACUUAACACUGAAACAAGGCAGCGGUUGCGGUGGCACACUCACCUAUCCAUUUAGACCGAUCACAUUUAGCGAUCAGUACAAGAAUAAUAUCGAAUGCGUUUGGACACUUUCCACUGAGGCUGGUUUUCAUAUUGGCCUACAUUUCACCGAUCGCUUCUUUAUUGAGACGAGUAAGAAUUGCACCAAAGAUUAUUUACUUGUGCAACAGAAGACAACAAAUGGCUCGUGGGAAGAUUUGGGUCGUUAUUGUGGACGUGAACCGCCACAAUCGGUGAAUAGCACCACCACAGAGAUGCGUCUGAUUUUCCGCACAGACGCUGACACGCUGGGUGAUGGCUUUACCGCGAAUUUCGAGCGCAAUUGUGGUGGCAUACUAUAUGCCACAGCCGAACAGCAAUAUAUCGUCAGUCCCGGCUAUCCGGUGCGCUAUCCUAACAAUCUCAAUUGCAAUUACACUGUGAUACCAAAGGAGUCUAUCAAAACUGGUGUUUUGGUGGAUUUCGUAGACUUCGAAAUCGAGUCACCGCCAAUAACGCGUUGUCUCUUCGACAAUGUUACAGUUUACACGCAGAACGAUGGUAACAUCGCGGAAACGGUGCAUUGUGGUACGCAGCGCGCGCAUGGCUUUCGUGGUGAUCAAGUGAGCGUAAUCUUGCGCACCGAUCAUUCGUUUGCUUCGCGUGGCUUCAAGUUGGCCUACAGCACCAAUGUCUGCGGCUACACCGUACGCAAUACAACGAUGAUCGAGACGCCGCGCCAAUUUACGGAUGGCACUUUUCCACCGAAUACCGAAUGCUUUUGGAAUUUAACGGCGCCGGACGACUAUAAAAUACUCAUCAAGUUUGAAUUUUUCGACUAUGAGGGCGAUACAAAUUGUGACUUUGAUGGCGUCAAGAUUUAUAAGUCCUUAUAUCCCGUGGAAAAUGAGCGCAUUGCGAAGUUCUGCGGUAACCUUACUGGCAUCAUACCACCGUUACAUAUUCCAGGCAAUCGUGGUCUAAUACAUACUUAUUCGGAUCGUAGCAUAAAUUCGGUGGGCUUCAAGGCAUUAAUCACGUUCAUACCUAAUUGCGAUCAAAAGAUUCAUCUGGACGCCAACAAUGCCACCUAUGAUUUUACGAAAUACGCCAAUGGUUAUGCGAAUAACUUGGACUGUGCUUAUAUAUUCACCACAACAAGCGGACGCCAAUUGUUUGCCGAUUUCAAUAGUUUUCAUGUGGAGGAGAGCGCAAAGUGUCAAGAUGACUUCCUUGAAAUGCGUGAUGGUGGUGGUCCAUUCGGUGACUUGAUUGGCCAAUUUUGCGGUCAUGUUGUGCCCGCACGCAUGAUGUCCUCGCAGAAUGCGUUAUUUAUGCGUUUCGUGAGCGAUUCGGAGGAGACAAGCGCCGGCUUUAGUUUGAAGAUUUCAUCAACACCGAAAAUCUGUGGCAAUAUGGAAUUGGAGGUCAAAAGUAAAGAGAAACUAGUGUUGAAAUCACCUAACACUGGACAGCAGCUUUAUGGCAAACAUUUGAGUUGUUUGUGGAAAUUGAAGAGCACGAGAACAAUACAUUUGAAGUUCGAACAUAUGGAUUUGGAAGGCUCAAAUGUCACCGGCCAAUGUGGUGGCGAUACACUGAGAAUCUAUAAUAAAGAGGACGCAUAUGAAGUGGAACGUGGUUACGGCACUGAAGUGAUUCACAAUGGCCAAAUGGGUGGCGGUCAAUGGAGUAAUUAUGCCACCAAUCAUGUUUAUUGCGGCAACCAAUUACCGGAUGACUAUUACUCCACGGGCAAUACGUUGAUUAUCAAAUUCCAAACUGAUGAUGAAAUCGAGAAGACAGGAUUUACAUUGGCUGCCUAUGCAGUAGAAGGCUGUUUCCGCAACUUCACCGGCACGCAAGGCUUCGUGCAACUCGCCGAUACAACAGAUGAGUGUGAUGUCUACAUCGAAGCACCACAAAAUUACACACUCAGUCUCUACUAUAGCGAUGUCAUUUUUGCUGAAUAUGAAUGUGUUAAAGAAUAUGUGGAAGUGUUUGAUUCUCACACCAAUAGUUCACUGCAAAAGAUCUGCUCAUAUACCGGCAAUGACAAGGCGCUCUUCUCAAACACGAAUAAGUUGCGCAUCCAUUUGAAAAUGAGCGGUUACUAUACGCGUUUCGAGUUUACUUAUUUGGCUAGCCAGGAUGGACCCGGUUGUGGUGGUAAUAUAUAUAAUACACGUGGUACUAUCGUCAAUCCAUUUUAUCCCAACAAUGUGCGAAAUAACUCCGAUUGCCGUUGGAAUAUACGCGUGCCUGCGAAUCUACAUAUCUUACUAUCCUUUGAUGAAUUCGAUCUCGGUACCAAAAACACUUGUCAUUCCGACUAUUUGGAGGUUAUCGAACGCGAUGACGACGGCACGGAGGAUGUUGUGCGCCGCUUUUGUGGUGGGGAUAAUCCCAAGAAAUAUAAGAGCACACGCAGUUCGCUCAGCAUUCGCUUCCAUAAAACAGUGAACUACGACGGCACUGGUUGGGUAAUAAAUUUCAGCGGCGUUUUUGCUAAUUACAAAAUCCCUGACUAUAUGCUACUGUAAAUCAGGAGAGCGGGCGCCAAAAGUGUAACUUAAUGAAGUGUAAAAUGAAAGCAAAUAAGUAUUAAAUAUA